UCCUCUGCUUGAUGUGCAGAGUCCUCCUAAAAGAGACCCAAGGUCUGGUUUCAUCUAAAAAGCAGCGUGAACCAACCAUCAUGUUGAAGAUCUUAAAGCUUCACCUCUAUCUGCUUAUAUGGUGUCAAGCUGCAGAGACUUUAAUAGAUCAACUAACAGAUUUUGGUCAAAAUGUGACCAUAAACUGUGAUAUUGAUGCAAAGGUGGCCACAUGGGUUUUGCUGAAUUUACCAAAUCCUCCGGUUGUGCUAUUGGACUCACUCUUAAACCCACCAUCAACAUUUUACUACAAAAAUAACUUCAGGUUCAAAUAUUCAGUGCAACCUAAACAUCGUCUUUCCAUAAAUAACAUCACUUUAAAUGAGUUAGGAGUUUAUUAUUGCAUGAACACAGAAACAGAGGUAAAAUUCAGCAACGGCACCAGACUACACAUCAGCAUACACAUUGAUUCAACUACACCUGCAGAGUUACCACAGUGUCAGAAUUGCACUGAAGUGUUGCUAAAUGAGCAGACAACAUGGAUGAAUCUUCUUGCUCUAAUAUUUUGCAUGAUCAGUGUUUUUCUGGUCACUUUGAUGAUAGCAUUCCUGAGACUGUUAAAAGUUUCAUCUGAUAGAAGUUACCAAAAUCCACAACGACAUAUGGACCAACAGUAGUAUCAAGUUACAGAUCUUGGGGUGGCCAGAGUCCCAACUCUCUUAAAAUUGUAAAGGUAACACUUUAGAAUAGGUAAGACUUGUUAACUAUUAACUACAACAUUUCUCUAAAAACAUUCUUAAUUUGCUGCUUAUUAAUAGUUAGUAAGGUAGUUGUUAGGUUUAGGUAUUGGAUAAAAUUAGGGAUGUAGAAUAAGGUCAAGUAGAAUAAGGCAUUAAUAUGUUCUUAAUUAGCAAUAACAAAUGGCUAAUAUUAUAGUAAUAUGCAUGCUAAUAAGCAACUAAUAGGUGUUACAUAUUAUAAAGUGUUACCAUUGUAAAUAACUUGACCCAAUCUUUUCCCUUUAACUUUUAGUAUCCUUGUUGUCCCAUGUUUUGUAUUGGGGG